AUGUCUCGUUGCUUUCCUUUUCCACCUCCGGGGUAUAUGAUUAAGCUCCGUUUCGAUUUGGAUACGCCCAAGAAAGACAGAAAGAAAAAGAACAGGAAGGAAGACAAGAAUGAGAGGAAAGAGAAAAGGGAGAAAAGGAAAAGGGAGAAAGAGUUGAAACAAAAAGAUUCAACUACCUCUCAUGCAAAUUAUGAGAAUGAACAACUUGAAAGGAGUGGUAUUACUGAGGAACUUGAACAACCUGUCUCUUCACCUCAAGAGCCUUAUUCCUCUGACAGUACUCAAAGCAGCAAGAGAAAGAGGUGCACCUUGUUACCUAAUCAAGAUCAUGAAGAUGCUAUUAAAACUCGUCUUCCAUUGACGAAACAUAGCGAACCUGAGAAAUCCAAACAAGGAUUUCAAUUUGGGUCUUGUUCAACAAGUGUUGGAAUUGGAGAUUCACUCACUCAAGAAACUAGAAGAAUUGAUCGUCCGCUCACGAAAGUUGAGACCCCCAAUCAGCAGCUUCAUAGAAAUUCUGCUUCCAAAGUUUGCAAACCAUUGCAGAAUUUGGUUCCAGUUGAUGCUCUAGAAGCAAAUAAAACAGUUGAUGAUGAAAGUCGAUGCGUGGAAUCACUGUACAAAUCCUUACUUCACAUUCAGCCGAUAGCAUAUGAACUAUUUGAUGCAUUGGAUCAAGAUUGGUUAUUUAGUUCAGUGAAGAUAGAAGCAAAGCAUGUCUCCAAGAAACAGAAGACCGAUGCCUUUCGGUGUUCAAAAUCUCUAUGGCCUCGGGCGCAAUUUAUGCCUGAGGUUAACAUACUUGCUUUGCCAUACACAAUUCCAUUUUGAUUCUUUUGGAAUUUUUGUAG